AUGACAACUCAAGAGGUUGAAGUGUUUGAUUCAAUUGACUAUGGGAGCGUAAAAAAUGAAAAAGACUUCAUUGACAAGGUGUCCAAAAAAGAUGCGAAAUUAGCCGAAAAACUUCGACUGGUCAACGAAACCAUCUACUCGAAAAUCAAUGCUCUUCCAGAACAAGCUCGACAAUACAUGCUCAAGACUAUUGAACGUGUAUCGUCGUUCGCUUCCGAGUCAUCAGUUGACGGAAUUUUCAAAUCAAUCAGAGGAAUCAUCAAAGAUUAUUCGAAACUUUCGAAAGAUGAUCAAAACGCACUUGUCACUGCAUUUCCUUGCAUUGGCGAAAUGAUGAAGAGUUGGUUUCUUCUAUUUUGGGAAUUUCUCAAUUAA